AUGAUGGAUGCUAUUUAUUUUGGUGAUAAAAUUAAUGAAUGCAAAGAAAAGCUUAGAUCUGCAUUGAUUUAGAGCGGCCAGUUUUAUGAUUUGCUUUGUGGAGAUUUUAUUUCUUUAAAAUUUAUUCAAGAUUUAUCUACCCCAUUGUUAGAAUUAAAGGAAGAAAUUGAGUCAAACUUUAUAGAACUUUUAAAAAUAAACCCUAAUGACUUAGAUCUUUAAUAUUUAGUUUGCAUUUACGUUUAAGUUUUAGAUUUUUAAAAUAGAAGAAUAUCCUAAUUUUAAAAAGAGGCUUUUUAUAAUUUAGAGCUUGCUUAAAAAUAAAAAAACUAUAAGAUAAAUUGUUUGAAAUAAAAUUAUUUCUAUGGAAAAAAUUGCGUUGUUUUUUCUUCUCUAUUAAAAAACACAUUUUCUAUUAAUUUGGUUUCAAACUCUUUUUUUAAAAUUUUUGGCAUUAAACCUGAUAUGGUGGUAGGAAAGUAACUAAAUAUAUUAAUUCCUAAGGCAAUAAAGAAAGAUCAUGAUAAAAUGAUAUAAAAUUUUAUUGAUCAAGACUCAAUGAGUAUUAUUGGAAAAGGGGAAAGAAAUACCUUUGCAUUAGAUUAUAAUGGAUUCGUUUUUCCUAUUUCAUUAAGAAUCAAAAUAGAAAUGCUAACUGAAGAUGUUGGAGUUUGCGCAUUAAUAAAAAAAAUAAAUAAUUAAAAAGACUAUAUUCUAUUUGAUGAAAAGGGAAAUAUUACAGAUUAUUCUAAAAAAAUUUACUGUGAAUUAUUUUAAACUACAGAAAAGAAAAUUGAUGAUAACCAAAAUAUCUUUAAUAUGAUUUUGAAUCUACAAGAAAUAAUACAGAAAAAGUAAAUGUAUACUCAAUUUUGCAGCGUUUUGAUUUCUGUAAAGUAAGAUAAAAAGUUUAAAUCUUAAAAAAUAUAAGAAAAUCUAAUUUUCACUUCUGUUAAUAAUUAAAAUAAUCUUUAUUCCUUUAAUGAUGAUGUGUUUAUUAUAAAAUUUAAAGUUUGUUAAAAAUAAGCAAGAAUUAAUGUCAAUAUGACUUAUCUAGAAAUAGAGAGUUACGAAAAAGAAACAAAUCAAAACAAGAAGAAUAAAAUUAUUGAUGAGUUAAAUAAGCAAUUAAUUUAAAGAGAAAUACAUAGUAAUUUAAAUAAACCUACGAUAAGAAGUAUAAGUACUGGCACUUUCAGUUAAUUAGAACAUCAAAUAUUUGAUGGAAGAAUUUCUUAAAAUUUAGAAAUAAAUAAUAGCUUUCUCUAAAGAAAUUUGCAAGAAGAUUAAAAAUAUUAAAAAGCAAGGAAAUGGAGCAUUUUUAACUUAAAUAGUUAAUCGAUAAAAGGAAAUGAAUUAAAUCAAGCUCUUAAUUAAGAAUAAAAAGAUGAAUACCUUACAAAAUCCUUUUCAGAAUUACCUAGUACAUACAGAUAUUAUAGAAUGCAAGAGUUUUAUGAGAAUCAUGCUGAUAGCAUUGAUUAAUUAAAUUAAAAUGGUGGUAUCUAUGAUAUUACAUCAUAUAGAAGUAGUAAUAUAAACGAGAAUAAAUAAAUAGGAAUUCAUAAAAUGCUUUCAAAUUUAAAUAAUAGCAACAAUAAUACCAUUAAUUUUUACACAACGAUAGACCAUAGUUUAUCACAUCACAGACAAAAAUAAUAUCUACUUGCAAAUGAUUAAUUUGAUUCUAACUAAAUAAUCACAGCUAACUCAAAGUUAUUUAUUGAUCAAGCAAAUAAUCCAUCUGAUUUUUGUAUUAAUUUCUUCCAAAACAAUUAGAAUGUAAUUGAAUAAAAAUAUAAAGAUUUUAAAAUAAAUGAAAAUUCUAAUGGAGACAAUAUUUUAGACAGGAAUUAACUUUAAAAAAUUAUGUCAGAAAGCGAUAAAUCCUUCAGCAUAGAAGAUAAUCUUACAAAUAAAAAUAAAAGAAAAAUGAGAGAUUUUUAAGGAAAAGAAGAGUUAAUACAAGAGCAGUAAAAUGAAAUAGCGAGUGUAAACUCAAGUAAAUAUAGCCAAGAAGAUAGAAUUAAAAAGAAUAUGAUUAGAAGAAUACAAUAAAAAAUAUUUGCGAAGAGUUUGUAUAUUAUGGCUUUUGCUGGUUUUGUAGCUUCUAUUACUUUAAUUAUAGUAACUAUAAUUAUUUACUUGGAAAAUAUAAAUAGCUUAGAUAACUUUAUUGAUUCUUUUUUGAAAAUUGAUGGAACUAUUUUUUGUUUCAUAGAUGUUAUGAAAAUUUUAGCUUUGUCCAACUAUUAAUAUAUGUUAGGCACCACACCAAUCAUUUAAGAUAGUUUAGAUUUGCAAAACUAAGAAAAUGUAUAAGUAUUUUUUUAAAUGAAUUCUGUUAUUUAAGAUUAUAGCAAUAAUUUUUAGCAACUUGUUUUAAAUAAUACUAGUUAAGAGUAGCUGGAUGAGCUCUAAAACAACCCUUUUUUAAUAUAAAUAUAUCCUAUUUACUUUUAUUAUUCUACUGAUGUUUCAAAAUAUUAGAUCACAUCUUACAACCAAAGUUUACAAUAUACAAUCAUGCAAUAUUUCUACUAAAUAAUAUUUUAUGUUUACAAUUACACUGAAUAAUAAGAAAGCUUCAUAUGGGGUAAUAUAGUUUAAUUUUAAUCAAGAAUGAAGAAUCUUCAGUUGAUUGUUGAAAAUUAUGUAUAAACACAAUUUAAGAAUAUGGAAGAGUAGUAAAUGUCAGUUAUUAUACUAGUUGGUAUCCUAAGCUUUUUGGUGGUUUUUUCAAUCAUACCUUUAUAUAUAUAUAUUUAAAUAAAAAGAGAAAAGGUUAUGAAACUAUUUGGUACUUUUUAGCCUCAAAUUCUUGAAUUUUAAAUAUAAUUAAUAGAACUUGCCAUUUUUAAGAUAGAUAGGACAAAGAUGGUAACUGAAUUAGAUAAAAAAAUGCAACCAAGCAAUAAAUCUUCAAAAAUGUUACAAAGUAUUUAUAGAAAAGACUUAAUAGAAUAAGCUGUAGAAUUCCAUAAUAAAGUAAGUCAAAAGAGAAAUAAUAGUUUUAAAUAAAUGGAUUUAUUACCAAAAUAUAUAAAGAGAUUGUAGCAUUCUCGAAACAGAUCUAUGGCAUCAUUUAAUAACUUAACUAAAUUUAAUAUGCCAAUUAUUUUCUUAGGUAUUAUUGCAAUAGUACUCUUAUGCAUUCAGCCUGCAUUAAAUAUUUUUUAAUUCAACCCUUUUCAAACUGAAACAAGGGCUACUUUACAAGAUAGAAUUACACUUAUAGAUGUCUUUACUUUGCUUAUUGAAAAUUAAGCUUCUCACAUUGAAUAAAUUUUAUGCUUAAGUAUUAAUUAUCUCCCUUCUACAACUUACUAUUAUUCUUUUCUUUAGAAUAUCACUGAUUCUAAUUAGCAAAAGAUUUCAUAAUUACAAAAUUUAACAACAAAUUUAGGAAUUUAAAGAUACAAUUAAAAUUUAUUUGAUGAUUUUUAUAAAAAUAUACUAAAUUAAGAUUUAUGUCAAGUCAGACAAAAUUUUCCAUAAUAUUUUAAUUCAAAUUUGACUUAAGCAACAUUUUUUAGUGCAGAUUAUAUCUGA